AUGGCCUCCCUCCUACCCUCGUUCCGCAACAGCUCUGCCUCAAAUACCUCUCCGCGUUCCCCCUCGCCCCCCAGCUCUUCGCAUGAGCUUUCGCCAGAGCUGCGCACAUCAGCAGAUGCCCCUCGUCUUUCGCCCUUUGCUUCGCCAGCCGGAUUGCUGAUACCAUGGAUCAGCGAGUCGCCCACUUACUCUUCUCCUCAGCCUAGGUCCGCGCGAUCGCGCUCGCGAUCUAGGGGAGCCAUACUUGGCAGCAUCACAAUGGCAGGCGCAACGGGAUUCAUUGACGAAAGUCAUCCACAUCUCGUUGGAAGAAGCCAGGAAGGGCCUGCUGAGCCUAUGGACAUCCCGGCGUCCCGUGUUAAUGAGCCUUCUGUGGGGCCUUCACGGUCCAUUCCCGGAUGCUCCUCUAGGGUGGCGAAUGUGCCAGAACAAUCGCCUAUUCCGACUUAUGAGACAGCUUUGAGCCAGUCCCUCACUUCGCCCGUACACGAUGUGGUAUCCCAGCCGGUUUCCCAGUCGUGGACGGAAGAUCUGAACUGGGCGAGAGACUAUUCUGUUUCCGCGAAUGGAGGUCGCCAGAGGCAAGAUAUCGACGACUAUUUUGGGCUGGCACCAGACGAGGGGGAAGAAGAAGAAGAGUCUCCUGUUCGAGGGAGAAGUGGCUAUAGAAACCCUCACGGCGACUCUGCGGAAGCGACUGGAAGAGCACCGAUGCCUCCUGCGUAUUCACCAGAAGUCGGAAGGGACGAGCUGCAAAUCGUAUCUUCUGCUCACCUCUCUCCCGACCACCCUGCCUCCGGCUUCUUCGACGCUAUAGCGACUUCGCCAGAUGGCGCUGAUCCGCCGCCAGCCGUGUCGCCCAAUGACCCGGGGUUGACUGUCGGUAAUAAGAAGUUGAGCGUCAGGAUCGAGGAGGGUAGUGCCAGGCGCUGGAAUCAAAACAGCACAGGACCGAUCUAUAUCAAAGCAGGCAGAAAGGGAAAGGUCAAAGGGACCGUGUACGUCGGUCCAGUGGAUCACGCUCACAAGCUAGAAGUAUCUAUUCUGGGCUUUGCCAAAACCUCAUUCUAUGUCAGAGGACAAUUCAGCAUGAUCGAUACGCUUCCCUUGGUCCGAUCUUCUCUUAUCCUAUUUCCACCUGCCCGAGACUCUCAAGAUGACUCGUUGAAGCGAGCAAAAGACGGCACGCUUCUCAUGGAAGGAAAUUCUGUGUUCCCAUUUGAGGUUGAGAUGCCGAGCGCGUAUUGGAAGGACCAAACCAGCGAGCUGCCUCCGACCUGCAAUAUUCAGCAGUCAGGCCUGCAAGCGUCGGUCGAGUAUGUGAUCAGGAUCAAGCUCGCAAGGAAGGGUCAGCUGAGAACGAACGAAGAAAUUGGGAUUCCCGUUAUCUAUGAACCUAGAUCCUACAUCCCUCCUCGCCGUCUCAGGCUACUCGCCAUUGCCGACGACAGACACAAUCCAGGCUGGCGAACCAUCGACCUGAAGGGCGGCAACCCCGUCUGCCCGGAAUCGCUCAGUGCUCCGAUAUCUGCUACCCUGACUCUGCCUUCGCCUUUCAUCCUGUUUAUCACACCGAACCAAAAGCUACCCACCAUCCCUUUCCAUAUCCACUUUCAUCAUCCAUCAGGUGGUCUGCCUCUCAAGGUCUUUUCAGACCCAAGAGAAAGCGAUUGGGUGAUACGAUUACAAAGGCGGGUUGAUGUCAAGGUUGGCGGCGAGAAGGAAGUCCGAUACACCGAGCUUACUUGCAAGGUCGAGGUCUGGGAAGAGGGAGGCGAGGUGAUUGAUUUGAACGCUCUGAGAAAAAAGAAGGCCACCGAAGGGUCAAAGCCCCGGAGACCGUCAGAGGACGCCGAAUCCUCGGCCAAUGCGCAAUCGAAAACAGAGUCGCCGAGGAAAAAGUCGUUAUCUCUCACAGACCGUCUUCGUCGUAUGAGCUCGACGCCAGCGGUUGCUACUCUCUCAAAUUCUCCAACAGGUAUCUCAUCUAUUGAGGAGCAUCCUCCCGUCCCAUCAGCACCUUCAUCGUCCAAUCACGAGGCAGUGCUGGGCGACGGCGUCCAAGCGCACCUCGCUACAGACAUUACCGUGCAUGGCCGUCUGGACGUGCAGCUUCCGACGACUAUUGCCACCUCCGACAGCAUGCGAAAGAUGGUACAGAGUUUCAACACACCAGACUUUACGGUGCUGUACAUGAUGACAGUGGGCAUCCAGCCGAAGAAGGGGGCGGUCAAGGAGAAUUUUGGGUUCAUGUAUGGUAGGGCGAUGGUAGAGGUUGUAUGGGGGCGAUGA